AUGUCUGAAUGGAUCUCUACCUUUCCAGGCUAUACCCUGGUAGUCUCUCGUGUCAAGAAAGUCGUUGGAAGCAUCAUCAGAACUGGCCCUACUCCCCGUCAUGUAGGUGUCAUUAUGGAUGGUAACAGGAGAUACGCCAAGAGUCAUAAAAUCGAAUUAAAGGAAGGGCAUAAUUUGGGCUUUGAUUCUAUGGCUAACAUACUUGAGCUUCUUUACGAAUCUGGUGUUGAAUGUGCCACCGUCUAUGCAUUUUCCAUUGAGAAUUUUAAAAGGCUGCGUUAUGAGGUCGAAUGGUUGAUGGACUUAGCUCGGUCCAAGUUCCAACAAAUCAGUCAACAAGGCGAGCUUUGUGAAAAAUACGGUAUUAAGAUAAAGAUACUUGGUAAUACUGAUCUCUUACCUAGCGACGUCCAAAGGAUCUUGGCCGAAACAGAGAAUAUCACGAAGGACAACACCAGAGCUGUUUUGAACGUUUGCUUUCCAUAUACUUCUAGGGAUGAGAUGACAAAUUCUAUCAAAAGAAUUGUCACUUUAUCGGAGAAGGACUCGUCUGUCUAUAUCGAUGAGUCUACCAUCGAUGACUUCUUGUACACAUCAGAAUCGCCACCUCUUGAUAUAUUGGUGCGUACCAGUGGAACUUACAGACUAUCAGACUUCUUGUUAUGGCAGUCAGUUCCCUCGUCAUGUGCAAUCAUGUUCAGCAACAAAUUGUGGCCAGACUUCACUGCAUGGGACAUGAUAAAGAUACUUCUUAACUGGAGUUUCAACAUGUAUUGGUAUGGCAAUGGGAAUGGCAAUAUCAAUUCAUCUUCAGUGAAACUAUCAACUGUUCCUGAGACACCCAUCAAAGCAGAUAUUGAGCUUUCUCCCCUGCCAGGCUUGUCCUCAUCUACCACCGCAUACGAACGUUUUCAAGACAACUCCACAGAAAGCGAUCUGGAUUCGCUAGUGAAGUCUGAUGCCGAGAACAAUACCUCUAACCUGUCCAUGACAUCAGACGUCGCCAAAUUGGACAUCGCCCUUUCCACCAACUUGCCUAUUGCACUUAUCUUUUUGCCUGCUGCCGAUAUUCCUACCUUCGUGGGGGAAGGUAAAUGUGACUUGGGAAUCACUGGCUUGGACCAGGUAAAAGAAGCUGACAUGUUGAAGUCGGUGGAGCUUUUGUUGGAUUUACAGUUUGGCAAAUGCAAAUUACAAGUCCAGGUUCCCGAGAAGGGAGAAUAUGAUGAACCUGAGCAGCUACUUGGUAAAAAGAUAGUUACAUCAUUCACUAAGCUAGCCAGCAAUUACUUCGCAGAGAUUGAGCAGGUCCAAGGUCUUCCUGAAGGUAGCACGAAAAUCACUUAUGUUGGAGGCUCUGUAGAGGCUUCUUGUGCAUUAGGUGUUGGUGAUGCCAUAGUUGACUUGGUAGAGUCUGGUGAAACUAUGAAAGCUGCUGGAUUGAAACCCAUUGCUACGGUUUUAGACACCUCGGCUCACUUGAUCGCCUCCAAGACUCCUCGUUUCCCUGACUUGGUAAAGAUCAUUCAACAGAGAUUCGAGGGUAUCUUAGCAGCCCAAAGGUUUGUCUUGUGUACUUACAACGCACCUAGGUCUAUUGUUCCUGAAGUGUUAAAAAUUACUCCGGGCAGAAGAGCGGCUACGAUUUCUGCUUUAGAAACUCAGGAAACAAACGAUGAGCCAUGGGUAGCUAUAUCUUCCAUGGUUGAAAAAGCAAGAAUUAGUGAUGUCAUGGAUGAGUUGAAAAAAUUUGGUGGCACGGACAUUCUUGUGUUUGACAUAAAUAAUUGUAGGGUAUAG